CGCCUUACCACCGAAACGGUUAAUACGGCAGAAAAGCAUCGCAGCUAUAGUCGAUGUGAGCUUCCGCGAAUUGUUUUUCUGUAAUCCUAUAUCGUUGUCAUCCAGCACAUUGGCGGGGUCCGAAUGUGGAAGGCAUAUACCACAUGCCGACGAAAGUUUGCUGUGGCUCUACCACCAUGCAAAAAUAAUGACGUGGGCUUACUUGAUCCGAAACUCGGGAUCAAGGCUCGUACUGGAAGACUGGGUCGCCGUGUAUCGCGUACACGAGUCGCUCGUUUUUAUUCAAGAUCUUACCAUGUUGUCGUCAUCACAGAACAAACCAGUUGCGCCACCACGUUAGAACAUAGGCCCAGUCGAGAUAAAAGCAAUGAUGCUGGAGUUCACGGUCAAUUAAACAGCUACUGUCUUCGUCUUCACACUGAGAAGAAGUCUGUAAUCAAUCGAGAGCCAGGCGUAGUCCAUUGCGUACGGUGGAGUCGGAUUCUCGCACGUCCUGCAAAAGCAAUUGGAUACGUUUUCGCUGCACGAGAUCGCUGAUGUUGGGUAUCUGGAUUCCGCCCACAUGUCGACGCUUGCCUAGAAAUUGUUAGGGAUCAGCUGGGAGUAUCGCUUGCCUCGCUCAUAGCUUCUGCCGAAACCGAAGCGAUGCUAUUCUUUCAGCAGACGAUCGGGUACGACAAC